CUAACUUCAGUAUUAUAAAUUUAAAGCAAAAGUCUGUGCAAUUGAUUGAUUGUAAUCCGAUCAAGGCCAACGUGAUUGCAAAAUCAAUGUAAAAAUAAUAAAAUAAUGUAAAAAAGGUCGUCAACUGAAUUAUAAACAAUAAUUGCCCGUGACGGUACACACAUUACAACCGUAACGGACUUUCAUAAUUUACGAGCCAUCGAUAUUACGUUUUUAUCCAUUUCAUGGACGUUUUAACACAUAACACGUGUGUUGCGUAUUGACAGCUCAAAUUCACACUUCCUAAUUUCUCACUACCGUUAAUUUAUAAAUACACUAUACUCGAUAAUAAAAUUAGUAAUAUACACUCACACUUAUAAGAAAAAAUAAAUACUCGGCUAUAAACAUAGCAAUGAAUUUUUUUCUCAACUUUAAAAAUUUUAAUAUCAAUAAGAAAGCAGUUAGAUUGCGCAAGCUAUUAAAGAACAGUUUUCAAAGGUGACGUACAACAGAUGCUCUGAGACGUAUUGUAAGUCCAGCUCCAAGAAUAUAAACUCAAUAGGUGUGUGAUGUAUGUACAGCUCUUGUGUUCUCUGAAUAAAAAUCUUAAAAUACACAACGGUCCUUGACUGUUCAACUGUGAUAAGUUUAUGUCCUGAAACCGUUGCUCUCAGGAACAUACGCAAGGUGCUUAUUACAAACACUUAAAAUUUAUCAUUUAUCCUCUUUUGCAUACGCAACAGGUGCCCUAAUUUGUAAGUUUAUUCAAAUAAACUUGUUGUAAUAUUAAUUAUAUAUAUUUUCCUGGCAUUGAAUGACGACGAUUAAUCUUUGGAGCUGAUAAGACGUUCCAAUUCUUCGACGUCCUGUUAUCCUUGACCUAACGCUACUGCAAUUUCACUCUUUUACCUCCUAUAUAUUUAUCAUGGAAUUAUGAUAAUCUGAUGAUCUUUAAUAAAAUCGAUAAAUCGGAAGACGACCUUCGAGAUGACUUUAGGCCGAAAAAAACUGAUAAAGUAAAUUGAAUGAAAUGAGAUCAAUGAUGUGUUCAGGCAAAGCGGAAGUGACUCCACCUCUUAAGUAAUUCCAAAUCGUUAAUAUCUGUAAUUGAAGAAGUAAUACCAGAGAAAGGUGCCUCGUGGCUACAUACGUGAAGAUGUCGUGCUUCGAAGGAGGUUUCCGGCUGAAUGACGCAGUAUCUGAGUGCUCGAUGAGAAGCAAAGCUAGGAUCGAUUCAUUAUUCGACGACACUAGGUCAGUAUGCAGCUCGAGCUACGGAGACGUCUACGGAAGCAUUUACGGAAAUCUGGGCGAUGUUAAUCUCGACGAGCAGAAAAAAAUAAAUGGCGCCGUCCAGGCCCGGAUUGAGGCCAUGUUUGCAUCCGUCGAGGCUGAAGCCGGUGAAAAGGGUGAAUGCGCGGCCGCUAUCUUACCGGUGAAAUAUCUAGGCGCAGCGCCAGUGGGAGGGAGAAUUGCAAGUGUAAGAGGACUCCAGGAGCCACUGAGGCAAUUAUUGGAACGCAUGGAAAAUAUUGUGUCAGCGGAACUAGAAGUAUCGAGGCGUGGUCUGACAUUCCGAACAUCUGGAUCCAUUGAGAAGACAAAUCCUUUCCGAAGAAUAGCGGUCUGGAGCGCUUUGAGAUUGCGUGUAAAACGAUUACUACCUGACGCAUCAUCAGAAGUGGCGCCGAAUGAGUAUCACCAUGCAUUUAUCCCGCUAAUUGGCGACGAGCAGACACCUGGCAGUGAAGACAAGCACGCUGACUUGUAUCGUACGAUGCGAGGUCUUGCAACAGAUGUUAACCGGUACCCUCCGCUUUUUGCCGUAGUAAUGAGACGUCCCGGAGCAGCGAGAGUACUCGAGUGUCAUGUAUUUGCCUGCUCAAGCGAGGAAGAAGCUGUUGCUGCCGCAGCAACGUUGUACCGAGCGCUAUUAGCUGAUCUUGAUUCAAAUCGCAGACGUCCUAGGCAGACCAAUGGUCUGGGUUGUGUCAGUCUGGCUUCCGUGGCUUCCAGCGUCGCUGAUUAUACCUCGAUUGCAAGUAAAAAUACUUACAAUAAUUUUCCUGCUAAGGUAUCGGCUCCUCAUCCUGUCAGACCACCGAGAUCCAAGAAGAAUUCUUCUUUGUCAGGUUCUACGACGGAUGGUGGGUCUACCAGGUCAGUUAUUAUUAAUAAUGGCAAAGUUGCAAGGCGUAAAAAGACUUCGGAGAUCAGGUCUGAGGAUGUUGCUGAGGCGAGAAAACGACACAGUCUGAUGAUGAAGGAGAGAAGUGUUUUGAAAGAACUGAGGGAUGAUUCUGUAAGAGAAAAUAGCAGAGAAGUAAAACGAAGAAAUUCUAUUAAUAGAAAUAAUAAUGAGGGUGUUAAUAAUUUAAGGAAUAAAAUUUAUUCGGGUGAAGUUCAGGAAAAAAUUCAAGAUGAAAAUGAAGUACACUCGAGAAUGAUGAAUAAUUAUGAAAAAAUUCAAAGGAAAGAUAAGGGAGGGUUUGGUGAAGGGAGAGAGAAUAAUUAUUCUUUUAUUGAGAGAAAUAGUAAUAAUAUUGUUGGAGAGGUUUUUAAUAUGCCAGAGGCUCAAUUGUAUGAGAGAAAUCAGUGCUCUUAUGAUUUAAAUAAAAAUAGUAGCAGAAAUGAAGUUUAUGAUGCUCAUCGAGGUAAAAAGGAAAUUUGCCAGGCUAAUAAAUGUAAUGAAGACAGCUCCAAGAGCUGUGAUAAUUCUAUUUACGGAAGAAGUACGCGUAAUUCUAGAAAUAGAAGCAAAACUUAUGAAGAUCAUUUUAAAGAUGUUGAUAAAAUUUACACUCUGAGUCAGGAGGAUGUUAAGAUUCCUGAGCAGAAGAGGAGUAGUGUAGCGAGUUCAGUUUCUUCGUGUCGUCAUGAGGUUAUUAAGAGCGAUAGAGGAAGAGCUUUGAAGAAAGACCAGCUGGAUCCUAGGCGCAAUAUGAGGAAUCAAGAGAGUGUUUAUGGCGCGGGAAGAAUGCAAAGAGUCUCGAGGAUCGAUGAAUUUUCGAAGAAAGUUUCUCGCUCUUCGGAUGCUUUUACCUCGGAUUCGAGUUAUCCGAAAUGCAGAAAGAGAGACCGUGCUGGUAGCGAACCUCCGAUUAGUAGAACUGAAAAUGCGGCUAAGAUUAGCCAAGGUAUCAAACUUAAACGAUCUGUCAGUGAUAUCGAGGUCGAGAGAGGUGAUUUAUUGACGAGAGUUGAGCUACCGAGACGUGGAAGUUUUUUGAAAUCAAACAGCACUAGGUUACCUACUAAUGUUCAUGGUGGUACUCCAUUGGGAUUCACGGAACUGUUUGAUGAAUUUCGAAAUCAAGAAGGAUUAACUAGUGUCGAUGAUAUUCUUGAUGUUAUUAUUGAUCCCGAAGGAAUGUCUUUCAAUGAAUUAAAACCUCUGUACAAAGAAUUUCUAUUGAAGCUGGCAUCAACUUUAACUCAGGAUGAAUUAUACCAACGGUCAGCAAAUAUAAUGAAACGUAGACGUCGCCCACAGAGAAGAAGAUCAACGCGUAAAUCUUGUCUUCUCGGACGAGCUAUCAGAAGAUCUGUUUCUAAAUUAAAAACUGGACCAACGGAGUUUACAUCAGUGAUAUUUCCAGCGAAGAAAUUCAACGAAAGUUUCGACAGUAGUUCAUCUUGUGACAUAAGAAAUAGCCGAAACAGAGUUCUCGCCAGUAGAUUAAGUCGCAGAAAACCCUCGUGGAGAAGAUCAUCAAAAGUAGCCAACUCCGAGGACAGUGAUACGUGCAAACGUGUGACUCGCAGCGCGGGUGCAAAUCGCAGCAGCAGCGGGUACGUGAGUUGCAGUGAGUGUAGCUAUGACUCGGAAUCAUGUACAUGCGUAUCUGCUGACAAGUGUUAUUGCUCACUACCGCGAAGAUCUCCUGGACAAGAACUGACAGCUGUCAAUAAUCCGGUAAUAUGUAAUUGCGAUACAGACAGCUGUUCUGAAAGUAACAAAUGCUAUUGCGCGACGAGAGCCGUCACUCAGCCUACUAUCCUAGAACAGCUAAGACAGCACGGUAUAAUUCCAUCAGAAGGUACUCUCAGUAGAGAUUGUAGUCCGGAGAGAGCGAGAAUAAUAAAAAAUAGCAGAAGUCAUUCAUCUUCACAGAGUCUAGAAUAUCAUAAGAUGCGUCCAUCUCCAGUGAGAAGUAGCUCUGACAAUUUAGCACUGGACUAUGAUUUAUUCAGCCCUGGUAAAAAAUCUCAGCAGGCAUCAAAGUCAAAGAAUGAGAAAGUACUGGUAGUUAGUGCUAGAGACCCACAUGGGCGGUUAGUUUACGUCGGUGGUAGCGAUAGAAACAAAAAAUCAUUCUCCAACGGUGUGAAUCGAACUAGAGCUCAUCAUGAGGCAUUGUCUAUUAAAAAAUCAGCUGAAAUAGCAGCAGUCUUUGGACCAGAGUCUGUAAGAAGCUGCAAAAGAACCAGCAGUAUCUCAAGUAUGAGAAGUUCUGUCAGUUUAGAAGCUGGUUUAGGUUAUUUACCUUGAAGACUUUUUAUUACUUUUAAAACCCACGGGUAAUUAUAACUUUAAUUGUUGCAAGUACACGGCAAAAACAAGAUGAUACUGGAUAUCAUUCCAGAUUAUACUCCGUGAUAUCUGUUGUGAAAAAAAAUUUCAGAUAGU